AGUGGCUUCAUGUUAUUCUACAAUGAUUCGCUGGUCGUGUUUCAGGGUGCUUGUUCUCGGUGUUCAGAUCUUUUUAAUCACCACAAUCCAAGCAUUCUACAAUGGAGAUAACAUAACCAGCGCGGAUUAUCGUUCUGAAUCAAUUGACCACGAACCUACCAUCGAUGGACUGGAUGAACUAUUCAAGUAUGGUCAGCCCCCGAACCCAGUUGAUCUAAGAAACUCCCCUGGAACCGUCCUCCGACGAAAAACGCGUGCAAUUCCCAUCACAUCGAUUUCAUCCAUCCCGAUCCCAACAAUCGAUGGUUCGGACCUUUCGUACCACGACUAUCUGACCCGUCUUCCAAGCUCCAUCAUAAGUCUGAUAGGAGCCAGUUCCCAAAUCAACAAUCAACAGCCAUGGCAGUUGAUCAGCACACUCGCCACUAGCAGUGGAGUUCCGGUUCAGAACCUAGACCGAUUAGUGGAAUUUUUCACCCGCCAGUAUUCAUCUGUUGGGCAAUCGAUAAUUUCCACCACUCUGACGGCACUUGACAAUGCGCAGUCCUUCUUCUCUGGGCUCGUCAACUCGACGCAGGCUACCGUUACACAACAAGUUUGGGAUGGGUUGCAGAACGCAGUGAAUUUGUACCAAACAAUGGGCGUCCAAGGAAGGUCUUGCGUUGGCGAUACACCAGCGACUGCCGGUCGUCGGGUGGUCGAGAAAGCGAUCGGUUGCAUUGCGGACAGAUGGAAUGAGGCGUUGGGGAUUGUACAGCAAUUCCGAUCAACGGUUGCCCUUACAAACGAUGUCUACGGCCUUUGGUUACAAGAUUUGGGUCUUUGUAAUGCGCAAAACUUUGCGAACGAGACGGGCUCAGAGCAGGAAGCUGCACAGAGAAGUUGUUACGCGCGGGUUAUUGCCCGUUCGGCGAGUACAAACAUUAUUAACCUUCCGGUCCAAUGGGCGAACCUCAUCGUGCGAGCGAGUAAUGCUAUUGGUAGCUUCCAACCCCAGCUGGGACUGUGCGCUUUCGGUGUGGCCGCUGAAGUCGCAGCAGCUUCGACGAGUAUAGGCUUUAAAAUUGCUAUGUGUGGCAUAUUUGGAUAACAACAAAAAAUGUUGAAAAUUGCUA